AUGGCCCAUAAUGUAGCUGAUACGCCUUCAGAAUCCGGCUCCCUCUCUCCUUUAACACAUGUCAUGACCAGGGGUCUCACAGCAGUAGUCGUCUUCAGUCUCAUGUCACUUGUCUCUUCCUUUAUUUUUCUUGUUGUCCUCGCCCGCACUCUUUUUUCCCGGUGGCAAAGAAAAGCCCACGGUGCUCAGAAUCAGUUCCUUUUCCUCAUCUUCAACCUUCUCCUUGCCGACUUCCAACAAGCAAUCGCCUUCUUCAUCAACAUCGAGUGGCUUUUGCGGGAUGCAAUCGACGUCACUUCACCCUCUUGCUACGCCCAGGGCUGGUUCGUAUCCGUCGGCGACCUUGCAAGCGGCUGGUGGGCCGUCGCCAUCGGCCUUCACACUUUCGCCUGCAUAGCUCUGUCCUACAAACUCGAACACCACACCUUCUACAUCGUUUGCGCCACUAUCUGGGCAUUCGUCUUUCUUGCUGCCAUCAUUGGUGUCUCCAACCAUCCCGUCGACCUUUACGUCCGUGCUGGUGCUUGGUGCUGGAUCAACAUCAAAUACCCCAAGCUACGCCUAUGGGGCCACUACUUCUGGAUCUUCGUCGCCGAGUUCGGCACCGUCUUCCUCUACAGCGCCCUCUUCUGGAUCAUCCGCCGGCGCAUCCAGAGAAACCACUUCCGCUGCCCCGCCAAGACGGCCAAAGCCCAACGCGCCGCCUACAUGAUGGUCGUCUACCCGCUCGUCUACGUCGUCUGCACGCUCCCCCUCGCCACCGCCCGCCUCCAGAGCGUCGUCGGCGCCGAGACCAGCAUGGAACACUUGGUCCUCGCCGGCGCCAUGAUCGCCUGCACCGGCUGGCUCGACGUCUCCGUCUUCUGCCUCACCCGCGACGUCCUCGUCUCCCCCGGCAGCAACGAGGACGAUGGCGCCGCCGACAACGACGAGGAAGCCGCUCGCGCGCAGGCCGCCGAGGACGACCUCAUCAACACCUUCCAGUCCUCCUUCCCCUUCUGGAAGAACCGCCAGCUCUUCGGCACCACCACCACCAUCGAGGCCGGCGCCGGCGCCGGCCCCGGCUUCCGCGGCUCCAUCCUCAUCCACAACGGCGGGAGCGACCACGUACUGGUGCGGCAGGACAGCACGGAGCUGCUCAACCCGCCCCGGCUGGCGCCGCGCGCCGUGCUCGCGGUGAAGACGGAGACGACCGUCAUCGUGCGGAGCGACCCGAUGGAGCUGGACGACAUCGCCGGCAUCACGUACGCUCGCGGCCGCAUGAUGCCCGACGGCGCCGACUCGUGCGAGAAGGAGAGGGAGGACAGUUUGAGUUCUGCUUCCAAGUGGAGCGGGAAUAACCGGACGCGCGACGACUCUCCUUGA